GUUUAUAGAAGUCUCGAAUUCGCGAUUGAAAAAAAUGUGCUGACAUUAUUAAAAGGCAAGGCACAGUGAAAUAUUGAAAACAAUAGGCUUGUUAAUCAGUUUUAUAAUGUUAUCUGCACUAAUAACAAUAUCAAAUUCAAACUAGUAAUUUUUAUUUUUUUAUAUUCAACUAUAAUUCGUCGCGUUCGACAAACUUGUGGGACUCUAUUUCAAAGGCUUACAACAAGAUGGAAGACACACCAGAUUUAUUCGACAGCGAGCCUAUGUCGAUAAAUUUGAAAGUACCCGAUAAUCCAGAGUUAACUGUAGUAGACAAUGUAUUGACCAAAAUGUUGGGUGAAAUUCAAGAAACCAAAACUUCCGACAAAGAAACCGCAGAAUCUUCUACUACUGACACAUUACAAGAAAACUCUAUUGAAUAUCACACCGAUCUAUCUGAAGACGAUGACAUUGAGGGUGCUCAAAAUCAAACCGAAGAUGCAAGUAUAUCUGUCAAUGAUGAAUCGGCGGCGCAACUAGAGAAUAACACUCCAAAAAGUGCAUCGAAAACAAAAGAUGUUUACAAGGGCCUACCACCUGGACGAGUCAAGUUAAUUAUGAAAAUGGAUCCCGAUGUUAAUAUAAUUGCAGCAGAUGCAGUUUUAUUGCUUACAAAAGCAACGGAAGGUUUCGUCGGCUUACUAGCACAACAUUGUCACAAAGCGAUGAUGUCGUCCAAUAAAAAAACAUUACAAAGAAAACAUAUUGACGCCGUAAUUGAAGAAAGUAUGCCUUUUGAGUUUUUAGAAGGUGCAUUAGAUUGGUAAUUAUUAUUAUUGUUAUAAGUUUAUGUACAUAUUUUAUAUUAUUUUAAUAUUCAUAAUAACGUUCAGUUGUAUUUUUUUUAAAAAAUUAGUAUAUACUUUGUAAAUUUACUAAAAUAUAUUAAUUUUUUUAA